AUGGGCUGCAUUAAAAGUAAAGAGAACAAAAGUCCAACCAUUAAAUAUAGAACUGAAAGCACUCCAGAGCCUGUCAGUGCAAGUGUCAGCCAUUAUGGAGCAGAACACACGGCAGUGGCCCCAUCGUCUUCAACAAAGGGAGCAUCUGUUAAUUUUAACAGUCUUUCCAUGACACCAUUUGGAGGAUCCUCAGGGGUGACACCUUUUGGAGGAGCAUCUUCUUCAUUCGCAGUGGUGCCAAGUUCAUAUCCUGCUGGUUUAACAGGUGGUGUUACUAUAUUUGUGGCCUUAUAUGAUUAUGAAGCUAGAACUACAGAAGAUCUUUCAUUCAAGAAGGGUGAACGGUUUCAAAUAAUUAACAACACGGAAGGAGACUGGUGGGAAGCACGAUCAAUUGCUACAGGAAAGAACGGCUAUAUCCCUAGCAAUUAUGUAGCCCCUGCAGAUUCCAUUCAGGCAGAAGAGUGGUAUUUUGGCAAAAUGGGGAGAAAAGAUGCUGAAAGAUUACUUCUGAAUCCUGGGAAUCAACGAGGUAUUUUCUUAGUACGAGAGAGUGAAACUACUAAAGGUGCUUAUUCUCUCUCUAUUCGUGAUUGGGAUGAGGUAAGAGGUGACAAUGUGAAACACUACAAAAUUAGGAAACUUGACAACGGUGGAUACUAUAUCACAACCAGAGCACAAUUUGAUACUCUGCAGAAGUUGGUAAAACACUACACAGAACAUGCUGAUGGUUUAUGCCAUAAGUUAACAACCGUGUGUCCAACUGUGAAACCCCAGACUCAAGGUCUAGCAAAAGAUGCUUGGGAAAUCCCUCGAGAAUCUUUGCGACUAGAGGUUAAAUUAGGACAAGGAUGUUUUGGUGAAGUAUGGAUGGGAACAUGGAAUGGAACCACAAAAGUAGCAAUCAAAACACUAAAACCAGGUACAAUGAUGCCAGAAGCUUUUCUUCAAGAAGCUCAGAUAAUGAAAAAGUUAAGACAUGAUAAACUAGUUCCUCUAUAUGCUGUUGUUUCUGAAGAGCCCAUUUACAUUGUCACUGAAUUCAUGUCAAAAGGGAGCUUAUUGGAUUUCCUGAAGGAAGGAGAUGGAAAAUAUUUGAAGCUCCCACAACUGGUUGAUAUGGCUGCUCAGAUUGCUGAUGGUAUGGCAUAUAUUGAAAGAAUGAAUUAUAUUCAUCGAGAUCUUCGGGCUGCUAAUAUUCUUGUGGGAGAAAAUCUUGUGUGCAAAAUAGCAGAUUUUGGUUUAGCAAGGUUAAUUGAAGACAAUGAAUAUACAGCAAGACAAGGUGCAAAGUUUCCGAUCAAAUGGACAGCUCCUGAGGCUGCACUGUAUGGUCGAUUUACUAUAAAGUCUGAUGUAUGGUCAUUUGGAAUUCUGCAGACAGAACUGGUAACAAAAGGCAGAGUGCCGUAUCCAGGUAUGGUAAACCGUGAAGUGCUAGAACAGGUGGAACGAGGAUACAGGAUGCCUUGCCCUCAGGGCUGCCCAGAAUCCCUACAUGAAUUGAUGAAUCUUUGUUGGAAGAAGGACCCUGAUGAAAGACCAACGUUUGAAUAUAUUCAGUCCUUCUUGGAAGACUACUUCACUGCUACAGAGCCACAGUACCAGCCAGGAGAAAAUUUAUAA